ACUGCAGGAGGUGGGAGGGUAGCUUCUGCAGCGGGAAGGGCCUGUUCUAACUCUCCUCCUAGGCAGCAAGCUCACACAGAGAAGGGAAGGCAGCACCCAAGGAGGAAAGGCCCAGCUGGGGUUCAGCAAACUGGGGUUCCAGGCCUGCCUCAGCAAGCCCCAGCUCUGUGACCUGGGCAAAUCCUUUCUCUCCCCCGAGCCUCUCUCAUCUGCUGAGCAUAAAGAGUAAAAAAGAAGCCUUUUGCCAAGCACCGAGUUGGCGCGCCCUGCAUUUGGCAACGCACCUGUUUUUCUGGUGCACCUGGUUGUGCAAUGCAGGCGUCUAAAAGCCGCUGAACAGCGAAAGCGGAAACACCACAGGGCGCUCCCGGAGCCGAGGCUCGGACCCACCCAUCUGCGGGAGGCGGCCACGGGAGCAGGAGGCUGCUGCGCCCUGGGCCUCCUUGCGCUGACCCUUGCCUCCCGCGCCGGGCUCGCUCAGGGGGCGCCCACAUCCACGGCCCUCUCCAGCCUCCGGGGCCAAGGCGAGCCCUGGAGAGCAGCGGGACAGCCAUGGAGGAGCCGGAGGCCGUGGCCGAGGACCUGGACGCCCUCAUCGACGACCUGGACUACCUCCCGGGCCAUUUCCACCUGGAGAUGCAGCUGAACUUCGAGCCGCGCUCGCCGGCCCGGCUUCGCGCCCGGGACCUGAAGCUGCAGCGGGAGGGCUUGCGGCAAGAGCUCGAGCUGGCGGCUGCCCCGCAGCGCCCCGCCGUGCGCCAACUCCUGGGAGCCUUCGCCUUCUACCUGGAGGAGCUGGACGAGGCCCGUGAGCGCUUCCUCGAGGUGACCCGCGAGGACCCGGGCAACCUCAACGCCUGGGCCAACCUGGCGCACGUGUACGGGCAGCUGGGGCAGGAGGACGAGGAAGAGGCGUGCGCCGGGCGGCUGGCAGGACUCAUGGGCCUGGAGGCUGGCCCGGAGGCGGCCGGGGGGCCCCAGCUGCGUGCGGCGCGCUGCCUGGCGGAGCAGGGAUACGCGCACGGCUUCGACGUAGGCUGCGCCAGCCCGGCGGAGCGCGCGCGGGUGCUGGCGGCGGGCAUCGCACUCUACGAUAAGGCGCUGGGCUACGGGCAGCAGAUCCCGAUAGAGGAGAAAAGGAGCUGGUACUUCACCAUGGCAACGCUCUUCAUCAGGUUGGAUGGCAUCUUCCUGGAGCUGGGCAGUGAGGAGCAGAAGAGGCUGCCCGCCUUCAACCGCACGCUGGCUCUGCUCCGGCAAGUCCUCAAGUCCUCGGACCCCCACCACCAAGCUCUGGCCUGGUGCUACCUUGGGAUGCUACUGGAGAGAACAGACACCUUCUCCACCACCCCCAUGGGCGUCCAUGACUACGGUUACUCGGGGACUGACUCCCUGGACUGCUUCGGCAAGGCCAUCGAAAUUGCCAAGGACCACCCCCCUAUCCUGAAUCGCCUGGCCAAAAUCUUUCACUUCCUAGGAAAGCAGGAUAUGGCCAUUGGAACCUGCAACAUGGCACUGGAUGUCCUCCGAGAUCCGGAGCUCAACUGGCAGGCAUACUGCACACGGGCCAAGCAGAUCCACAUCAAAGCCUACCUGCACGACCUGGAGCGGGCCAAAAUGGGGCUUGGAGGCAUGCCUGACAGGAACCACCUCGCCUGCGCCAAGGCUGACCUCGAGGAAGUGGUCAAGGUGUGCCCAGGACUCAAGACCUACCUGGACAUUGGCCAGGUCUACUACUACAUGGGCGUGGACGCGGUGCAGGAGCUGAUGGCUGUGGACGAGGCGGCGCUGAACCAGGCUCUGGUCUUCCUGGCCAAGGCCGGGGAGUCGGAGCUGGGCGCCACGCUGCCCGAGCUGCAGCUGCUGCGCGGCAAGUGCCUGCGCAUCAAGGGCGAGGAGGCCAACGCGGCGGCCUGCUUCAAGCGCGCCGUGGAGCUGGACGACGCGGGCUCGAACCACACCGAGGGCUUCGGCUGCCUGCUUGAGGCGCUGCUGGCGCAGUGGAGCCAGGCGCAGCUGAGCGACGGCGAGCUGGGCCGCGAGGUGGACGCCUGGCUGCGCCGUGCCCAGAGCAAGUAUCCGGCGGCGCGCCUGCGCCAGGAGCUGCAGCGCGUGUGGCGCGGCCACACGGACGAGGUGCUGGGGCUGGCCCGAGCCUUAGUGGCCCAGGGCCGACCGGCGCUGGUGCGGCUGCUCUUCGAGACCAUGGAGUUCGAAGGCGAGAGCGCACCACGAGGUCGCCGGGCACUCUCCGUCUGAGGCGCCUGCGCGCAGGCUGGAGGCCUCAAGGGGCCCCAGGCACAUGUCAUUGGACCGGGGUUGAGCGCGUGCCACCAGGCCGCCCUGCGAUUGGCUGGCGUGUGAGAGGAGCCAAUCAGAUCUCUCUCGGGUUUGGAGAAUGGGCAGUUUGAGGUGCCGGUGGAGGCAGGACUUUGGGAGAGCGAGGGAGGCUGGGGGCAGGCGUGCGAGGCUGAUGAGGAACUGCCGGUUGAGGAGCAUGCAGAAUAAGAUGACUGCUUGUCUCCUGAGAGAAACCGGUGGUUUUUCUAGUCCCCUUGCUCAAGCCCUGAUGCCUGACUAUCUAUUAUUGGAUUCCCAUGAACCGUAUCCUAUCCUUAAAAUAAACUCUUUACUUAAGUUGGCCGGAGUGGGUCUCAGGUCCUGCUACCGGAAAAGCCCUGGCUGGAACAGAGGGCAAAGUGGCACAGUGAGCGACUUAAGGAGCAGAGCCCUAGCCUAAACCUGGGCACUCAGGGCUCCUUCCUCUCUGAAAAUUUUCCAGCAGGCCUCUUGCCCUUGGCCAGCUUGGUGGGAAAGACCUCCCAAACAUCCUGAAAUACAGCCCAUCAAGAGAACCUUUGCCUCACGUUCCCUUCCUUGCGGGAACCUACAAGCCUUGCCCAUCAGGAAAUGCCACCUGCACCCCAUCUUGAACCUUCUAUGAGAGAAGGAAAAUCUUGCGACUUUUAAGCUUUUGGAAUCGUAGUCAUAAAAUCUUAGACAAGGAAUUUUUCUCACCAAAGACUUAGACUCUGAUUGCCACCAAAUCUUAGACUGGCCAAGUUAAGAGUCUUGUGGCCCCAUUCACAAGAGGUAAUUUAACCCCCAAUUCCAAGUUAAGUUCUUGCCAUGCUCCAGGAAUGCUGGUUGGAUGUAAUUGCAAUGGCAGGAAGCCCUACAAUGGUUCCGUGAUUUGUUUGGCUUUUCUCCCCUUUCAUUAAAGAAUUAUACCCACUGCUUUGCUCAUAUCCCUAAUCCUGGUAAGUUACCAGAGUCCCGUCAGCCCCUUUGAAUUUCAUCUUAUAUCUCCAUUGACAGAUGGGGAACAGACAAAAGUGCAGUUGCCUUAGAGAUCAUCCCUCCAGCCUCCUCAUUAUGCAGAUGGAGAAGUGAGAGCCACUGAAGGGAAGUGGCUUGCCCAGAGUCACGUUGCCCAUCCUCCUCACCCCUGUACUUCAGACUUACUUUCAUCAUUUUUCAGGUUUGGAAAAAUACUAAUAAAUUUAUUAAUACUAAAGCAUUAGUAGUUGAUAAAGGUUCAUGUGUCACUUUCCAUUGGGACAAUGCUCUAACUAAUGGUGAUUGUUCCAGUUUGCCAAUGCUGCCGUUAAGCAAAAUACCAGAAAUGGAUUGGCUUUUAUUAAGGGGGGUUAUUUGGUUACAAAGUUACAAUCUUAAGGCCAUAAAGUGUCCAAGGUAAGUCAUCAACAAUCGAGUACCAGGAGGCAUCUCAGCAGCCGGCAGGAGCAGUACACACGGCCUUGUCCACUGCUCCCCCCAGCCCACUCCCAUCCCUUCUCCACCCAAGACCUGUGACUUUCUCUAGAUUCAGACCCUAUCCCUUUCCCUUUGCUCCUGCUUCCCCAGACAGACAAACCAUACAAGGUGGUUUGCUGGCAAAAUGUGAAGUUGUUCCCCCAGGCUCCUGGAUUGUUUGCUCCCUUCCUGUUUUUCAAUCCCCAAAGUCAUGCAUUUCUCUCCCCAUGGCUUCCCCCUCCUAUCAAAACCUUUUCAAUAGACUAACUUUCUGAUAAUCUCAUUCACAUUAAUGGUAUAAAUGACUAAUAAAGACCCACUAUAUAAGCAACAAAAGAAAAAAUAGAUAAAUGAGACCUCAUCAAAAUAAAAAAUUUUGUGCCUCAAAGUACUUUAUCAUGAAUGUAAAAUGACAACCUAUGUAA